AUGUCCAGAAUUUCUAGGCUACUGAGUCGUCAAUCUGCAAGUUCCACAAGUGAUGACUCUAGAGUUGCCAAGUUGGUGGUGCAACCAAGCUCUCAACCAGAACCAGUCUCUACUAUGGGUCCAGAUACCUCCCAACACUAUAUGACUGAUUUGACAUGGAAACACAAGGCUCAGGCCAAGGAAUGGCUUAUCUCAAAGGCAAAAGAGAAGAUGUGUGUGGCUUUUCAAAGCAAACACGUCGAUUUUAAGAAGAUGGAGAUGGUAUGCGAGAGAGGGGGGAAAAGGGAGAAAGUCACAAAGAAUCAAAUCCAAAAUAUCCAUACUAAGAAGGGUAAUCAACAUUCGAAGGAGGAAGACGAGCGUCUAAGUCAACUUUCCAAAAAUGAGCGAGCGGAAGAGAAAAGGAAAGAAAAGGAAAAAUACGAUGAAGAGAGGGAUCUAUGGAAAGAUUUUUUGAAAGAUCGGGACCAUUUGGAUCAUUCGAAGACCGAGGUUAAGUAUUAUUCUAACUUGCAGAAGUUUAUUGAUGAUUGGAGCACAGAUCAUAAGAAGGUUGUCGAGUAUUUCCUGAAUACAUGGUUGAAUCCUUGGAAGGAGAAGUUUGUUUAUGCAUGGACCAAUAGAUACAAGCACUUCAAAAAUGAGUCUAUAAGUAUUGCAAAGCAGUCUCAUGGACGUUUGAAAAAAUUAUGGAAGAGAAUAAUAGUGGGGUAG